AUGGAGAAAUUCCUUAGACCAGACAAAUUGCAAAUUGACCCGGAAUCUCCAACUGCCUCAGAGGAAUGGACGCACUGGUUACAAACAUUCGAAGACUUUCUAACCAUGACAGAAUUCGUUGAAGACAAGGACAAACUGAAACUACUAACUAAUCGAUUAUCUUUUACUACUUAUAAAUUUAUCAAGGAAUCUGAAACUUACCAAGACGCUUUGAGAGUUCUUAACUCAAUUUACAUCAAACAAAAGAAUGAAAUAUUCUCAAGAUAUUUAGUAAUGACUAGAAAACAGCAACAAGGUGAGACUAUUGACAAAUAUGUCUCGGAACUGAAACUUUUGAGCCAAGAUUGCGUUUUUGAAGCUGUUAAUGCGAUUCAAUACAGGGAUCACUACAUUCGUGAUGCUUUUAUCAAUGGCUUAGCCUCGUCAUACAUACGACAGAGACUAUUUGAAAAUAAAACUUUAGACCUAGCUGAAGCAGUGGAACAGUCUAGAGCUCUUGAAAUGGCUCAAGCUCAAGUCGAGAGCUAUCCAAAAUCUAUGUACGGAAUGCAAACUUGUGCAACGAAUGAAUUGGCAAAGCAAGCUUGUCAGUACGAAUUCCCACUACAACAAAAGGAAGAAGCGACUGUUUCCGCUAUUAAAAAUGUUGAUGGCAAGUGUUAUUUUUGUGGACAUGAUAGACACUCUAGAGAUCGCUGUCCAGCCAGAGAAGCAACUUGUGGGAAAUGUAACAAGACAGGGCAUUAUGCGAGAGUCUGUAAAAGUAAUCCAACUCAACAUUUUAAAGUAAAACAGAAGACGUCUAGUACAUCAGCUGCACUAAUAGCAACUACACAUAAUACAUCUGUAUUGAAGGACUCUACAGUUGAAGCUAAAGUGAAUGGCCUGAAAGCAAAUUGCUUAAUAGACACCGGGAGUACAUCAAGCUUUGUAAACUUGAAGUUUGUUCAGUUAAACAAAAUUAAAAUGUAUAAUGAAAGUGGACAAGUAUCACUAGCUGCUUCUAAUAUGAAAUCAAACGUCCACGGGUUUGUUAAAAUCAACCUAAAUCUGUUGAAUCACAAUUACAACAAUUUUAAGUUGACUGUUCUUGAAGAUCUUUGUACUGACGUGCUUAUCGGACAUGAUAUCAUGAAACUCCACUCAAAUAUACAGGUUUGGUUUGGAGGUAAGAAACCUCCUCUGUUGGUGUGCUCCUGUGCCAAAGUUGAACCACCCAAACUAUUCUGCAAUUUAACUCCAGAUUGUAAGCCAAUAGCCACAAAAUCACGACGUUACUCAGAUGAAGAUAUGCAAUUUAUAAAACAAGAAAUGGAAAGACUACAGACUGAGGAGAUCAUUGAACCUAGUUCGUCACCUUGGCGUGCACAAGUGUUGGUUGUUACAAACGACAAAGGGAAGAAGCGACUGUGUGUGGACUAUUCGCAAACGAUAAACAAAUUUAUUCUGUUAGACGCCUAUCCCUUACCAAAUGUAGAUGAUCUAGUAUCCACUGUAGCGACGAACAAGGUUUUUAGUGCCAUUGAUCUAAAGCAAGCAUACUAUCAAAUACGAAUUUCUGACGAAGAGAAGAAGUACACUGCUUUUGAGGCUGCUGGUCGUCUUUUUCAAUUCAGAAGAAUCCCAUUUGGCGUAACCAACGGGGUGGCAUGUUUUCAAAAGACCAUGGACCAAAUCAUUAGAAAAGAAAAACUGAAUGGAGUGUAUGCCUAUCUGGAUGAUUUGACCGUAUGUGGAAAGGAUCAAAAGGAUCAUGAUGAGAAUCUAAGAACAUUUUUAGAUGCUGUAACUAAGUAUGGACUUGUAAUCAACAACGAAAAGAGCAAGUUCAACCAGUCUUCAAUAACCUUGUUGGGACAUUUAGUUUCCCAUAACUCUAUUCGACCUGAUCCAGAUCGGCUAGAAUCUCUACUGUCACUUCCUGUGCCCAAAGACCAAGUUUCACUAAAGCGAGUCCUAGGAUUUUUCGCUCACUAUUCAAAAUGGAUACAUCGGUUUUCUGAUAAAAUAAGAAACCUGACACAAGUCAAUUCUUUUCCUUUGUCACAGGAAGCGGUUGCAGAUUUUGAAGCCCUCAAACUUGACAUUGCAAACUCAGUAAUUACUCCUAGGAAUGGGCAAGAGCCACUGGUAGUGGAGACUGACGCAUCUGACAUAGCCGUGGCAGCAACUUUGAGUCAAGAUAAUCGGCCAAUUGCUUUUUUCUCACGGACUCUAAACAAAUCGGAGAAGCUGUAUUCAGCUGUUGAAAAAGAAGCCGUUGCCAUUGUCGAAGCCCUUCGAAAAUGGAAAUCAUUUCUUAUCGGAAGAGACUUCAGAUUAUACACGGAUCAGCAAGCUUUAUCAUUUAUCUUUGACAAGAGGCAUACAAGCAAAAUCAAGAACGAUAAAGUUAUGAGAUGGCGACUAGAGCUAACACCUUAUCAAUAUGAAAUAGUGUACCGACCUGGUAGGGAGAAUGUAAAAGCAGAUACGCUCUCUCGGGCAUGUGCGGUUCGCUGGGACAAUGCUAAGUUGUUUGAAUUACACAAAUCUCUCUGCCAUCCGGGAGUCACUCGAAUGUUUCAUUGGAUUAAAACUAAAAAUCUAAACUACACUCUGGAUGAUGUAAAAAGGAUGACGUCAGCUUGUCAAACAUGUGCAGAAGUGAAGCCAAGAUUUCACCAAUUCCAAGGCAAAUUGAUAAAGGCAACCACUCCCUUCGAACGUCUAAAUAUUGACUUUAAGGGCCCUCUUCCAUCAACAACCAGAAACCGUUACCUUUUAACCAUGGUGGACGAGUAUUCUCGUUUUGUAUUUGCUUACCCCUGUAAGGACAUUAGUUCAGCAACAGUUAUCAGAUGUUUUUCAGAUCUAUUUUUUAUGUUUGGAGCCCCGUCCUUUGUACAUUCAGAUAGAGGUUCAUCUUUCAUGUCGCGAGAGCUGACGGACUUUCUUCACAAGUACGGAGUAGCUACAAGUCAUACGACACCUUAUAACCCUAGAGGGAACUCUCAGAUUGAACGCUUCAAUGGAACAAUAUGGCGAACCAUCCUACUAGCUUUGAAAAACCACAACCUGCCAGUUGCUGCAUGGGAAGAAGUAUUACAGGAGGCACUUCACUCAGUCAGAUCUCUUUUAUGCACUGCGACAAACUGCACACCGCACGAAAGAUUCUUUAUACAUAGCAGAAGAUCUACCAAUGGAGACUCCUUACCAUCUUGGCUAUCCGCUCCUGGUCCUGUCCUGCUUAGAAAGUUUGUAAGAUCUAAUAAAUAUGAUGACCUUGUGGAGCCAGUUCAACUUUUGGAAUCAAAUCCACAGUACGCUCUCGUCAGAAGAAGAGAUGGGUCAGAAUCACAAGUAUCCCUGAGACAUCUUGCACCCGCUGGCCUACCUCCUGGUGAUCUACCUCAUGAAGACAACACUACUGAGAGAGAGAUUGUUGAAAAUAUAAAUUCAGACAUUGACCACAAUGAAGUUCAAAAUGAAACUCAACAAACGGUAUCUCAGACCCCAACUUCAGAGACGGCUGUGGGGGAACUACGUCCAAAGAGGAAUGUCAAGCCUCCGUCAUAUCUAAAGGAUUACAUUUGCUAUACCUACCUUGAAAACUAGUGGGGGAGAAUGUGGUGAUGUGAACAUUAUCACCUGAUAAUAUUUAUUAUUUGAUUUGUUUGUAAAUAUUGUAUUUGUUCUUAACUAAAACAUGGUUGUAAUUUUGAAUGAAUAAAAGCCAUACUUUUGGUUUUAAGUCUUUCUUACAACAGACGGUCAUCUGUACGAGCUGAGGAGCGCCGACACAGUUGACAGAGAGAACGACGAUGGCCUGGAUGUCGACGUUCAACUCCUGAACACGGCUACUGGCAAGGGCGUACCAGACCAUGUUCUGCGGCUGAAGAUCGGCUCUGUUUGCCUCAUUAUGAGGAACCUCAACAUCGCUGAAGGACUCGUCAACGGCACUAAAGUCAUCGUAAUCGGCAUCACCAACCGCCUGAUUACAGCGAGACUUCCCGGACAGACGCAACCUAUCGGAAUUCCCCGGAUUACCUUUACUUUUGCGUUUGUCGAGGGUUCGCCGUUACGUGUUCGUCGACGUCAGUUCCCACUGAUGUUGGCCUAUUGCAUGACCGGACACAAGAGCCAAGGUCAGACAAUAGAUUCAGUCGGUGUUGAUUUACGGACCGAUUGCUUCACGCACGGGCAACUAUACGUCUUGCUCAGUAGGGUCAGGCAUCCAGACCAUAUUGUUGUUCUCGUACACCCCGAACGUGUCCGAGAUGGAAUCGCAUACGCAAAGAACAUCGUGUAUGGCGAUCUCCUUCUCUAAAC